GUUCCUCCGGCCGCCAGCGCGGGUCCUUCCCCAGCCCGGACCAAUGCAUGAACUGCACCAGGCUGGCRGACAUGAGCGAGAGGCUGAACACGCUGGAGGCCAAGAUGCUGCUGCUGGAGGCGGCGGAGCGGAGCCCAGCGCUGGAGAACAGCCUGCCCAUGGCUGGCACGCCGGCGCCGUGGUACGGGGAGCUGCUGCCGGACGCCUUUCCCCUGCUGAACCCCGGCACCGUCCUGAGGAAAACCCUGGGCUCUGCUGAACCUAAAGGACCCAGAGGUGCAGAGGAGCAGCUGAUACCACAGGGGAUUCCAGGGCAGGUUGGCCCCCCUGGCCCAGUUGGACCAACUGGGCUUCCAGGACCACCAGGGCCCAAAGGAGAGAAGGGACAGCCUGGGGAGAGGGGCCCAGCAGGGCCACCAGGACUGCUGGGACCCCAGGGACCAAGAGGACUUCCAGGAGAAACCGGGAUCCCGGGUCCCCCAGGUCCUCCAGGGCCACCAGCCACCCCAAGCCUCCCUCUCACCUUCCAGCAAGGAGUGCUCUACUCGCUCCAGCCCACAGCUGAGAAAGAAACACCAGGGCCACCAGGUGCUUCAGGACCCAAAGGGCCCCCAGGACCUAUGGGAGCCCCUGGAUCACAAGGCUUGCCAGGAUCUCCAGGACAGCCUGGACCRAAAGGAUCCAAAGGAGACCGAGGAGAGAGAGGGCAAGCAGGUCUGCCUGGAGAGAGGGGCAUUAAGGGAUUUCCUGGUGAGCCAGGCAGGAAGGGUGAGGAAGGUGACAAAGGCGCUGAUGGGGAAGGUGUCCAACAGCUCCGAGAGGCUCUGAAGAUUUUAGCUGAGAGGGUGUUGAUCCUCGAGCACAUGAUAGGAAUUCACGACUCUUUGUCUUCCAUUGAGCCAGGCUCUGGACAGGAUGUGAUCCCGGGCUCCCCGCUGAGGAGCAGCAUCAAGAUCAAGCGAGGAGGACCCCGGCAGCCCCAGGCCCACCAGAUCCUCUCCUCCCUGCUGGACGACGGCGAGGCCAGAAGGAGAAGCAACCGGAUGAAGUAGGAGCGUCCUGGUGUUCCCCCUGCCUGCCCUCCAGUUACAGAUACAGUACCCCAGGGCUGAUUGCAGGCUGCAGGUGCAGUGGGUGCAAUGCUGGGUUCCCUGGCAGUCUGAGCCCUGAUUGCAGGGAAUGCCUGAUCCAUAGCUCAGAGAGGGGCUGGAGAACCUUCUCCUCGAUUUUGUUGUUUUGCCUUUGGAACAGUCAAGUGUCUCAGAGGUUGCCCACAGGACUGACACCUCCUGGCUGUGCCCUGAGAGUUCAACCCUUCCCUCGUUCCCUCACUGCCCACUCAGUAAAGCACUGCUUAACUGGCCAUGACCAUCCAUCCCACCCAGAGCCAAAGCCAAGCCUCAGCCUUGCCCCCUGCUUUUAUUUGCUGUGUCAGUGUCACCUGCUUUUAUUCGAUGUGUUGGUGUCACCCUGACUUCCAGGUGCUGCUUCCACACACCACAGAAACACGGCCUGCAAGGAUUUCUCUCAAGCAAAGAACAAAUUAGGAAAUGCAAAGUGCAUUUAAAAGUAUUAUUCUGGAAAUUCAGGUGGCUCCCUGGAUGUCAGCAACAAAAUCUUGUCUUUUCACGUAGCUAAUUGCAUGGGGGUGACAUUAUUUCUAUUUGUGGUUAGCUAAGCAAGGACUUUUGAUGCAAAUGUUCAUUUGGCUUUCUGUCUAUCUUCAGAGAGUUUAGACUGUUCCUGUGAAAAUAUAGAGCAGUUUGCAAAAGAUAUGACAGAAUUGUGCAAGAAUUUUCCCAUACGGUKUUCAGCUUGUGCAUACAUCCAGAGAUAAUUAAUUUAAGUGGUGGCAGCAACUAUUCACAGAAAAGGAUAUUUUGCAAUAGUUUCUUAAUCCUACAGCSAUCAGGAAAAAUGUUUUCACAGUGUUUUGUUUUAAUCUCGUGAGUAAAUCCUCACCAUUUGAAAUCUGGAGACAGCAAACCACAGCCUAAGGAAUUAAGAGUCUUGUCAGGAGCUUAUCUUGCACUGGGAGUUAAACACAGAGUCAUCUUAUUUUUUGCAAUAACUUGUUAUUUUAGGGGAAGUACCAGCUUCCAGGUUUAAGAAGUUGAACCUGCCCUUCAGUGACAAAUGAAUCACUCCACCUGCUGUGCUAACCAGGUCGGGCAAGCUGAUGUCAUUCAGUGAUUUUUGUUAGAAGGGGGAGAUUAAUCAACAGAGCUGACUGGACUGUUUUUGACUUUUUAAUUCCCACGUUCUGACAGUUUUAGAUUCAGCCCAGGAUGAUAGAGAGCCAAGUGAGUUGGUGUUGCUGUCCCCACGGUCCGUGGCUGCUGUGCAGGACACAGCUCUGUGUAUGAGCAGGGAGGGCUGCACCACUCUGUGUUUCUGCCACAUCUUUGCAAAGGAAGCUCUGCACAGUCCCAGCGUGCAGCACCCCAAAUCAUCUUCCCAAGGCAGAGCCCACUGGAAAUGAGGYUAAAAAUGGAGGAGCUCUGCCAGCCCAGCAUGAGCCACACCUCAAAGUGUCUGUCCAUGCACACUGCAAGCACAGCAGUGCUGCAGACACUCCCAAUCCCAAUCUCCUCUGAAGAGCCUGGCAUUUUCACAAAUGGGCAGGGUGCAGGCCUCCUUCAGGAUGGCUGCACUCACUGUGUCCUCACCUGGCMCUGCUCUUCAGGAACUCCCCAGCCAGCUGAGAUGGCAUCAGCUGAUGCUGAGCAAGCCCCAGAGCCUUGUUUUGGAAUGAACAGCUGGAUAACAAGCAGUCACUGGGAUGCAAGACCUUGCCAUGCUCUUGCAUCCUCACUYUGCUUGCCCAGUGCCAGUGGUGGGGCUCGCUCAGCACCAGCCCACCUGGCUCAGGCUGUUUUCCUGAGUUUUCCACAGGACAUUUCCAAGGAGCAAGCCCAAAGUUUCACAGGAAUUUGGGGAGGUGCCUGCCUGCAUUCUGAGUUACAGCUGGAGCAGGAGGGAGAGAGACAGAUAAAGGAGUAAAACUUGAGUGCAGCAGGUUCCUGAGCUCAGGGAGCCAUCCUGCACUUUGCAAUCCCUCUGGGAGAAGGAAAUAAAACCUCUCUGAAUGCAUCUGAGUUUCAAAUCCAGCUCCAAGUCUAAAUCAAGCUCUAAAUCCAACACUAACUCCAAAUCCAGCUCUAACUCUGAAUGCAGCUCUAACUCUGAAUCCAGCACUAACUCCAAAUCCAGCUCUAAUUACAAAUCCAGCAUUAACCCCAAAUCCAGCMUCAACUCCAAACACAGCACUAACUCCAAAUCCACCUCUCACUCCAAAUCCAGCUCUAACCCUAAAUCCAGAACUAACUCUAAAUUCAGCACCAACCCCAAAUCCAGCUCUAACUGUAAAUCCRGCAYUAACCCCAAAUCCAGC